AUGCGUGUUUCAGUGCUAGGCAUUAAUGAUGGCUGCGACUCGUUGGAAAGUUUACGUGAUCGAGUUUGGGUGAACGAAUAUGUUUUGAAGGGACAGCUGGGUCGUGGAACAGUCGAUAAUAAGAUUCGCGGAAAAGUGAACCGACAUUACGCCUAUGGUAAGAAUUUGAUGAGACCAUUUUUAUCGACACUUCUCACUUUUUUUUCCAAUUUCAAUGCGUAA